GCCUUUGUUGGUUUGGUUGGAUAUGUUUUGGCAUUAAGGUAAAAAUAUCAGGGUCAGAGCCAAUCAGAGGUAAAGUAGGGCGGGUCUUCGCAGAAUGCGGGUGGGAAAAAAUAACGCGCACUGGGACCAAAGCUGGGAUUGGCUACAAUGCAUUUCCUGUUGUGAGGCGGUAACGCCACCUUUUUUUUAUUUUUUGUUUUUUAUAAAUAAACAGCUUUUUAACAGCUUGAGUCAACAAUCACGAACAUGAAAGGGGGACUAAAUGUUUGGGUUUUUUUAAGAAUUUGGAUUUGUGGAUAUAAAAUUUGGUCAAAAUAUUGAGAAAAUUAAUCAAAUAGAACUGCAAGAAGAGAUUCCUGUCAUAUUCAGCGAAUCAAAACAAUACAUUUUUCCAAAGUAAUAAAAAGUGAGGAUAGUUAUGAUCAGUAAUAAAGGUAUAUUAUAUUCGGACAAAGAACAAAGUAAAUGUACCAGCGUUUCUCUGAGCUCCCCACAAAAGAUACAAUUUACAUCAAUGCGGUAAACACCACCGCCAUCCCAUGACCUCAGCACAUCGUACGUAACUCCACAGUGCUGGGGUCACAGGUGGGGUUCGGCUUCCAGAGCGUCUCCACCGCUCUGCCUCCCCAGCUGUUGUGCUGUGAAGGUUUGGGCUGUUUCUGUCCCGCCCCCACAAACACACCAGACACUUCUAACAGGCGGCAGACGAGCCGGCUCAGCCCCUCUAUUCACUGCUGUGUGGCUGUGCUGUACAGUCCAAAGGGACAAUACUUUGAUGCAGCUCUGAAGGAGCAUCGAGUCUCUUCUGGGAAUAUUUUAUGGUCUGCAAGCUAACUGGAGAAGAAAACUGCAGCAACCAUCUAUCUCAACAAGACCUUAAUCACUGACAGUUGCUGGACAGUGGGCGUUUUCUGUGAGACGUUCAGGUUCCUGAUCAUCCAGAGAAAGUCAUUUUCAUCCUUUCCAUCACAUUCUGUGGUCUUCAGUUUGGUUUGACCAUGGUUCUGUGUGAGGACAGCGAGUGCAGUGUUUGUCUCUUGCCCUACUCGCGGAUGGACAGGAUCCCCAGGGUGCUCCACUGCAGACACACCUUCUGUGACCCAUGCCUGGAGACCAUGUCGCAGGCCAGGAGCGGGCUGCUCACCGUGGGCUGCCCUCUGUGUCGUCGGGUGACCUGCAUAGGACGUGGCCUCAGCCUGCAGGAAGCUCUGUGGGUCGACAGCAGGCUGUGGGAGCAGAUACCGGAGGAUGCGGAGGCCGAGGCGGAGGAGGAGGAGGACGGGCUGAAAGAAGAAGCUGAGGAGGAGAGGACGGAGGCUAAACAACAGCCUUCAUUACAAGCAGAAUGCGUUUCCUCUGGGUCCUCCAGAACAAAGCUAAGAUUUCGUGCAUUCUUCAGAAAGUUCAGUUUGACAAAGCAACCGCAAGAGAGGAUUGUGCCGGGAAGCAAUGUGGAGAUGAAAUCCUGGCGCAGGCUUUCAACUGAAGAGACGUUUUAAAAUAAAAAAAAGAGCUGGACCAAGAAUGACAUGCUUCUCAGGAUAUUAUUUGCGGAUGGUAGAUGUCAUAAGAAGACCAACCUUUGUCAGUGAAAGGAAAGUUGAGGCCGUUAGGACCAAGAAUCCAAUUGUGCUCCAGUCAGGACAUUGUUUUGUCUUCAGCCAAAGGUGCCCUGUCUCCCCAUUAUUUAUUCUAGGCUUAAUUCUCCCAGCUGGUGCUGUGGGAUUUGGUUCAGCUGUCCCAGUGGGACUAACACCCCAAGACCCCCUCGUAACAGAUGGUCUCCUGAGGACGUUCCCUUUUACAAGUCCACUGCAGAACACUGAAUAUAAUUUAUUACUGUUGCUAGUUGUCAGAGUAUUUAAUAAACCUAUUUUUGAAAAUAUUUUUAAUGUGUGUUUUUAUUUCCUAAUUCCUGGUGAUCAUAUCCUGUGGCUUCGGAGGACGACUGUCAUCUUAAAGAAUCAUGAGCUCAUAGCUGCUGGAGAAGGAAAAACAUGACCAUUUUCUUCUUUACUCUGUACAUCAUUUAUGACACAUCAAGUAUUUAAAUGACUGAAAACAAGUGAAGCCAGUAGAGAUUUCUAAACAGCAUAAUGUGAAGAUUUCUUUUGUGGGCUCGAUACACAACAAAAGCAUUUCACAAAAGACUCAUUGAACCAUGAAAGCAGAUUAUGAACCACAUUCAUUGAGCAUCUGGCAAGUAUUCCACAUUAGAUGAUAUUAGAAUACUGGAUCAUCACUUUCAUGAAAAUGACCUUUAUUCUUUUGUGUUACCUUAUGGGUACAAAAACAUACAGAAUGUACCAUUCUGAGAUUUUAAAAAAAGAGGGUUUGCCUAUUUGGAGCAGAGUAAAAUAUCAGUUCAGGGUCACAGUUGAGGGCAUUAUUAUGUUUGGCAUCUCAGUCAUAUUAAGGUCAUUGUUAUUUGCUUGUGUGGAGCAAGAAAUCUGUUGGUUGUCACGCUGGUUUGGUGGCCUACAAGUUGUAACAGGCUGUCUCAACUGUAAGCCUGUGAACUACACUCAGUCAUAUUUUGACAGAUAGAUGAGUCAUUUUGACGUUUAUGGAUUCUCACAGUGAAUUAUUAUCACAGUGACUGACAUCAUCUCCUCCAUAAUGCCAGACCCCUGGAGCUGCAUCCAAGUUUUAAAUGAACUGGCAUCAGCUCAGUGUUGGCUGUCACAGCUGCAGUCUGGACUACAGCAGGAAGGCAGCAGCCCCGCAAAGAACCAACGAACACAAACAGGGUUGUGAAAGCGGCACACUUCCAGUUUCAGUUUCGCAAUCUAUUUACUGGCUCGUGAUGUGGUCCUGGUAGUACAGAUCACUGGGAUUAGGGUGGAACAAAGCAGGAAACAACUCCCAGUGCAAGAACUCAGAUCCUUUGUUUGAGUAAAAGUAGCAUUACUACAAUAUAAAGCGUCUCCAUUAAGUUAAAGUCCUUAAUUAAAAAGCUCACAGAGGUAUGAUCACCAAAAUAUAUUAUUACUGAUGCAAUAACAUGUAAUAAUUAAUGUAGCUGAUGAAGGUGGAGCUAGUUUAAUAUACUGCUGAAUA